GCAGGCUGCAGCUGCUGCACAAAAGAUCUGGCCCGUGCGAUGCCGUCGCCCCGUUGAGCGGAGCCACACGUUGGCCCCCGGCCCUUGGCCGUCGCGGCGCGCCGCCGGGCGGUGCCCUCCACGCAACCGCCGCCCGCUCGAUUUCUCCUGCUGCCCGGAGCACGACGGCCAGGUGAUGCCUGAUUUGGUUGCCUUCCUGUUGCCUUCGCGCCGCGCUCCAUUCCCACGCAACGCAUUCCCUCCGGCCCCCCACCCCAAGCAGGAGAGAGGUAUCCACGACGGGAGCGAGCGCUGCCGCUGCCGUUCGGCUUGAAUCUAUGGCCGCCGCAGCCCGCGUGGCGCACGGGAGCGGCCGCCUCAGCCGCCCGCGCCCGCCGCGGGUGGGGAUGCGCGGCGCGUGGGCGGUGGCGGCGGAGGGGCCGUCCUGCCUCUACGUGGGGCCGAUCGAGACCGCCAGCCAGGAGAAGCUCGAGGCGCUCUACCACCAGGCCAGGGAUUCCUACUAUAGCGGUCAGCCAUUGAUCGUCGAUGACAUGUUUGACAAAGUUGAGUUGAAGCUCCGGCUCUAUGGCUCCAAAUCUGUUGUGAAAUACCCCCGUUGCAGCCUCAUAAGGCAGUCAACUUAUGCCGACGCUGAGGAGGACCAAUCAAUGUUUAUGGCAUUAUCAAGCAUCUGGAUGUUGCUGCUCCUGUUUGGCACAGCAGCCUUCCUGGUUCCAAGUCUCUACACCCUGAGCCUUGCAUUCGGAGACGCAUUCGGAGCAAGGUACCUCUUGUACGGUGCAAAGUCCCUUGAUGCUAUAACAGGAGUUAAUGACCUGGCUUUAGUUGGACUGGGCUACCUGGUUGGCUACCCCAUUGCAUCUGCUUCUGUUGGUGCACUGCGAGGCUUAUUGUCAAAUAAUUUGGUUGCACUGAAAGGCUCCUGCCCAAAUUGUGGUGAGCAGGUAUUUGCAUUUGUUAAGACUGAUAAAUCCAUUCGAGCACCUCAUAGAGCAGAAUGUCAUGUUUGUGAAUGCCCACUGGAGUAUCGUACUAAAAUCGAGGUAUGUGAAAUACCUGUCAUUUUCAAACCACUUUGCAGUGUUGGAAUGUAUAGUUGUGUAUAUUUUAGAAUUAAAGGGACCGAGCCCCAGCCCAUAAAUUAAUCAGGACCAGCGUUACAGGAUCACAGCACUUACACCACCCUUGCUGUUUUAUAGCAUCACAACACAGACACCGCCCUUGUUUCCACAGACACCAGCUUCACAAUGCAGAUCAGUUAGAGUUCACUGAAAAACAUCAUCAGGCUACACUCCAGAGAUGCAGCGCACAUUUCCCACCAAAAGACAGAUUCCUCUGGUAACUAAUGAAUAUACAAGAAAAACGUACUGUGGGAGCUUUGAUUCCAGAUUUCCACAGGGUUUGGGAGUUAAACUAUUUAGUGGAUCUAUAUUUUUUGGCAUCACAGAACAAAGUAUAUAUAUGUUUCCAUUGCGGUGUUGGCGUGUUGCUAUGCAGAAAUCAUUGUCAGGGCCUAGAAGAAGCUGGGUCUACGGCCGAGUUUAUCUAGUGAAGCAAGGGCAUCCUAGGAAACGGAAAUGGAUAAAAGACUAGAGUUCCAAUGGCAGCUGAUGAAGAAAAUUAAGAUAUCUUGCGAGAUGGCACUCCUGAUCGACUGAAUCAUUUUUCAGAUACCACUCUUAUUGAUCAGGGGAGGUUAUUGUGUACGAAUUCAUUGAAAGAUUGAUCAAGCCAUUAUUUUGUAAAAACAAAUAGUACAUUCCUUUCUGAGAUUUCCAAACACUGCAGAUGAACCAUGUUGCAUUGUACUCUUUUUUUUUUAUUUAGAUAAACCCAUGAUACAAUGAUAAAGGAUCACUCCAGAAACUAGGAAGGCAUCCAUGCUAUCAGGAGGGAGGAUACAAGUCUGAAACUCUGCACCAAAUGUGUUUUAAUCAUUUCAUCAAAGAUGCGUGUGAAUUAAUUUAUUCUGGAUACUCAACAUGUAUAAAAAAAGUUACAAACUUGUUCAGAUGCAAUCAGCAUUAUAGAAGUGUAUAUGAAGUUUUUGGGAUUAA